AUGGCCGAGGCUGAACCUGAGGAACCUGGGCCCUUGCCGAAGGGCAUCUACCACGAUGGCUCGCGCUGGGGCGAGAUAGGCCAGAAAGCCUCGAUCUGCUUCGGCGCCUAUGCUGUGGCCCUGGCGAUUGCUGUCGGUGCCUGGGCAGGUGUCUUCCCAGCGUAUCAGGCCCUAGUCAUCCUGGUAGUGGCAUUCAUUCUUGAGAUUGUCGCCAAGUUUGGCGUGAAAUUCACCAAGCAGAACAUGCACAACGUGCUGACGGACGAUGUGGGCCCCAUGCCCAUCCUCUCCGCGACGCUGCUGAUGCCUGGGCUCCAUCCCAAGGCUUCCAUGCCACCGUUUCUCUGA